AAAAAGUCAUAUUUAUCAAAUUAGACUAUUGUAAAAUAGAAUAUAAAAUUAUAGUUGAAAGUGUAAGAAACAAUUGACUUUUGUUAGAAAAAUAUUCAAAAGUAAAACAUGAGCUUAGAAUUAUAUAACAGGUAUAAUCUCUCUAAAUUUGCUAGAGUAUAGUAUUAUUCAUACUAAGAUGAUGGCGCAUAAUUAGAUUUCUAAAAUUAUCUAGAUUUAUGGAGUUUUAAUCCUAAAUACAACCUCAUAUCAAUUGAAGAUGAUCAAGCCACAAGUGAAUAACUAAAUAAUUUAAAAAAUGCAUAACAUAUAGCUAAAUUUGCAUCUUUUUUAUCAAUGGGACUUUUGUAUUAUGUUGGUAAUGGGUUCUAAACUAAUUUACCUUGGUAUUUUAAAUAUCCUAGACAUAUUAUCUGCCUUACUAUUGGAACAAUUAUUCUACCAAAAUAUUUAAUAGGGAAUCGAUAUAAUGAAUAUUUUAUAGGCUUUAAAGAAAAAUAAAACAAAUAUAAUUAACAAAUUUUAUCUUAGUAAUAAGAUAUAGAAGAAAUAAAGUAAAAUUUUAAAAAACCUGAAUAUUUAAUAUAAAUGAUUUAAGCUGAUCAAAACUUGCAAAACUAACAAAAUGCAUCAAGUGAAGAUUCUAAUAAUUUAGAAGAUAUUUUAAAAAAUUAAAAAAGUAAAUGA